AUGACAAUUGUAAAGGACCGCCCUCUAACCGUCAUCGCUCAGUCGCGAGAGGAAAUGUGUAGGAAUAUCAAGGAAUAUCUUGUUGAGACCAUUGCUCAUCUUGUGAAGUAUAAUGGACUGAUAUCGAUUGGCGUGUCUGACAAUUUGAUCAAGGCGAUCAGACGAUGGUUGACGGUAAAAAGGGUCCCGUCGGAUUCUACGCGAAUGCCUCCGAGACAUUACGUGUCCGGUGGAUAUGCCAGGGAAGACGCAAACAUGCCUCGACAAAACCAUGCUCUUGUCGUUCACGGAGGUGCGGACAAACCGUCUCAGAUGCUCUUCUGGCCAUAG